GACAUUCUGCCAUCAAAUGCGUAGACAACUGCACGUCAGCAAACUGCUCGCCGGCUAAUCGCGCCGGAAGCCUGUUGCACACUUGCACACAAGCCCGCGCCCUGGCUACCGGUGGUCUCACUCAGAUGCUAAAUAAGGUCACUACGAUUUGUAGCGUGUGACGAGCGUGCAGAUUUCGAGUGCAUGGGGGCGCCUAAAUCGGGCCCCAUCGCGCGCUCAGACUUUUGAAGAGCCCUCAGUCAGCCUCAACUCGCCCCAUUCCCAGCGGUGUUUGCCCAUACCACUUCCCCUCUGGCGCGUCGUAGCGUCGUUGGUGCCUAGUGUAAGCGGCAGGAGCCCAGCGUCUCCUCUCCAUCUCGGUAUAACCCUCGCCCGUCCCGGAAAGGGUCCCGACAACAUGGCCAAGGAGGAGAAGAACUUCAUGGUGGACUUCCUGGCCGGCGGCCUCUCUGCUGCCGUGUCCAAGACAGCUGCCGCGCCUAUUGAGCGUGUGAAGCUGCUGAUCCAGAACCAGGAUGAGAUGAUCAAGCAGGGCCGCCUGGCUUCCCCCUACAAGGGCAUCGGCGAGUGCUUCGUGCGCACCGUCCGCGAGGAGGGUUUUGGCUCGCUGUGGCGCGGCAACACCGCCAACGUGAUUCGCUACUUCCCCACCCAGGCCCUGAACUUCGCUUUCAAGGAUAAGUUCAAGCGCAUGUUCGGCUUCAACAAGGACAAGGAGUACUGGAAGUGGUUCGCGGGCAACAUGGCCUCGGGCGGUGCUGCCGGCGCUGUGUCGCUGUCGUUCGUCUACUCGCUGGACUACGCCCGUACCCGUCUGGCCAACGACGCGAAGUCGGCCAAGAAGGGUGGCGGAGACCGCCAGUUCAACGGCCUGGUGGACGUGUACCGCAAGACCAUCGCCUCCGACGGCAUUGCGGGCCUGUACCGCGGCUUCAACAUCUCGUGCGUGGGCAUUGUUGUGUACCGCGGCCUGUACUUCGGCAUGUACGACUCGCUGAAGCCCGUGGUGCUGGUCGGCCCCCUGGCCAACAACUUCCUGGCGGCUUUCCUGCUGGGCUGGGGCAUCACCAUCGGCGCCGGCCUGGCGUCCUACCCCAUCGACACCAUUCGUCGUCGCAUGAUGAUGACCUCGGGCUCCGCUGUCAAGUACAACAGCUCGUUCCACUGCUUCCAGGAGAUCGUGAAGAACGAGGGCAUGAAGUCGCUCUUCAAGGGCGCGGGCGCCAACAUCCUGCGUGCCGUGGCUGGCGCCGGUGUGCUGGCGGGCUACGACCAGCUGCAGGUCAUCCUGCUGGGCAAGAAGUACGGCAGCGGCGAGGCCUAAAGCGGCCAUUGCAUGCCUGGAGCUAUUGCUAAGAGGCGGCGGUCGGAUGAGGGGUACAACAGCUUCGCAACCUGGGUUUGCUCUCCUAAUUCUUUACCAUAUGCAGUGCGAGUGAGUGUUAAUUACCGUGGAACCGUGGACACUGACAUGGCUGCGGACCAGCAGUGACAACGGAGGCUUGUGUGCGUGUGUGGCAUGUGGUGAUGGUAGCGAUAACGUGCACUCGAUGAAUGCUAUCAACCUCCCAAAGACACCCAUAGCAUGGGUCUGUGGUUGGUGCAUUCCGGGUUUAGGGUAGAUUGAUUACGGAACCAUCGGAAGAUUGGCAUAUGAAAGCCGAAUGCGGAUGAGGCGGAGCAUGGACCGGAUGUUUCGGACGUUCUGUAACACAGACGCGGGCACCUCGCUUCAGGGCAGACUGAGAACAUGGUAGUUCAUUCGGCGGGCGGAGGACGGGUGUGUGAUGGGACAGUGGUAAGGCAGGUUGGCAAAGUCCCGUAGGGCGCAGCUAGUUCCCAUACCCAACAAAUGGCAAACAAUUGGCAGAGGACGGGGGAGGGAGAGCAACGAGUCAGAGAAGACCAGGAGGGUGACGCGGAUCCAAAAGCCGUGAUGGGGAGCCAACAACAGAGUCUCUGUGUGUCUAGUAGAUAAGCGCCGGCACGGUUAAUCCUUGGCUACCGUCGCCGGGCGCUGGUCACAGGCGCGCACGGGGGGACGGUAAGAAACGAAGUGCUUGACGCACACGGGGGGAGGGGCGGCAGGAAUCAAAGUGCCUGACUCCAUCCCCCGGGACCCCCCGUCAGGGAACGAC